ACUGCAGUCCUCCAGCUUACUGUGAGCCAAUAUAAAGAAACGUCUUUGUAACAUUUGAAGCAGUACUGGAAAGUGUCAGAAUGACGUAGAUCGUUCAGUGUUAUGUCUGUGUUUUGGAAUUACAAAAUGUUACGGAGAGAUAUAAUUCCUACUGAAUUCCAUGUUUUUGAGAAAGGUAGAACUAAUUGCACAUACAAUAUAUAGCCGUAGAAAACCCCCAGAAACAAAGUCAAUUCGUUUGGAAGUACAUUAUUGCGCAGAUGUAAUUCUUUCCGUGGAAAUCGUUCUGGUGUUUAUAAAAAGAAUGUGAAGUGUUAACCAUAGAGUUAACGAUAUGAAAUAAACUAAAUAAAAACAACCUCUAUUUAAAUAACGAUGUAAGUUCGAUAAUUGUUUAUGGAUCUGAAUCAAUGACAAUGAACGAAAGUUCUAAUCUUACUAACAGUCUUGCACGUUGGAGACAUUAUCCUCCUCUUGCAUCAGAAACAUACAUCGUUAUCGUCGUCGUCAUAGUGGUGACUCUUAUUGUCGGAACCCUUGGAAAUUGUACAGUCAUAUUCCUUUUUGUCAAGUACAAAAGUUUGCGGACGACCCCCAACAUUCUACUGUUGAAUUUGACGGUCGCGAGUCUCCUGAUGUGUGUCUUCUGUCUGCCAAUUAUCAUCGUUCAUUGCUUCGUUGAUUUGUCUAACUGCCCAGAGAAAGUUCAGGCGUUUGUUUGCAAUGGGAACGCAUUUACAGGUGCUUUUGUUGGAUUUAGCGGAAUCCUUUCACUGACAGCUCUAGCUAUCGAUCGCUGCAACGUGAUAUCACGACACGGUGGGCGUCGGUCAGGGAGUAAAAGUUUCUCUUACUGUAGCAUUGUUCUUAUCUUCGUUAUUUCGUUUACAUUUGCAUUAGCACCUUUGUUUGGGUUUGGCAAAUUUGUCCAGGAUGGCUCGGAGAUAUUCUGCACAUUUGAUUUCUUCACAAGGAGUGUUAAUAAUAUAAUGUAUAAUUUGUUCAUCCAACUUAUCUUCUUUGCGAUUCCGCUUACUGUCAUUGUGACGUGUUAUACCUGCAUUUUUCUCACCGUGAGAAAACAUGAAAGGACAUAUUUUCAAGCAAAAAAAGAAAUGAACAGUCCGUCGUGCGCUCUGCGGCGCUUGUGCAAAGAAAGAAAACAGGUGAAAACUGAAGUAAAGAUCGCCAAAGUGACUGUGAUAGCUGUGUCUGUGUUCUGUGUAUCUUGGUUUCCAUACUCCAUGGUAGCCCUUAUUGGAUUAUUUGGUGAUUCGGAAGGAUUAAAUCGCGCGGUAACAACAGUUCCUGCUGUAUUUGCCAAAGUAUCGACAGUUUUAAACCCGCUUUUGUAUGUGCUACUGCAUGGACAAUUCAAAAAAAAAGUGGCUCUCCUUCAGUGCAAAAGACCCGACGGUGUUCAUCUAGAGCAGACAUCAAAAUAGUCAUUUGCUUUGUAAUAUAUUGUCAUUGGUGCACGUUGAUAUCAAUUCAUAUGCCUAUUUUCAUUAUUAAUAAUUGUUUCAAACGUGGAAAAAGGUUUUAUAAUUCAAUAAAAACUUUAAAAAAAAUCUUUAAAAAGACAUUCUUCAAUCUUUACUGGGACCAGUAAUGUCUACUGAGAGACAGUUAUAAACCAAAGCGAGAUGACACAAUGAAUCAAUGCAUAUGCUUUUUAUGGCCGAUGUUCCAUGUCUGCAAUACACAAUAUUGAUUAAAAUGCAGUGUUUCUGCGUGAAACUUAUUCAAGAUAUUGAUACAUUGAAAUACUGAGUUCUUCAUAAUUCUCCGAGCUAUAACCGCCAUGCAUUGAGGCUUACCUUACCAAUGAUACCAUAGACCUAGUGGUUUUAGUGAACUUCCUGAGACAAAUAUCUCAAAAUGUCAACAUGUAAGAAAAUCAACAGAAUGUUUGCUGUUCACUUUUUUAAGGAGUUUAUGUUAUGUUAUUUUGAUUAUAUAGUUUUAUUCUGUUGCUGUUUUUUUUAAAUUCCUUUCAAAGAUCUAUUUCAAUAUCAAAUAGGUCAACUAUUUAACUUUAAAACCACAUCACAUUGAUCAGACUUUAACGCACCUAUGUUUUCUAAAAUGCAAAAAAGAACUUUAAAAAAUUAAAUGCGCCCGCACCAAGAAUUUUGUCGAGACAAACUAUUUUUUUUAUUUCUUAAAAAUAAAUGUUAAAAUAUGCUUUAAUGACAUGCAUUAUAAUGAUUUAUUUAACAAAUAAAAAGAGUCCUUUUUUA